UCCCUGUCUCUCUCUCUCUCUCUCAGCAGGAGGGCAGAGGAGGAGGGGGAGGAGGUGGUUCGCACUGUUGAGUAGCUUCCCAGUCGUCAUGACGACCUCACACCCCACCAUCUCCAGAGCUGUCUUCCUGUUGCCACGGUGACCUGAUCCUGUUCCAUCUCUGCUCUUCUUGAUGAUCCGGAUCGGGCUGAUAAAGGAGAGCGACCCUGGAGCGCUGUCUCCUUUCCCUGAAAACAGCCCGUUGAUGGGACAGCGAAUCACACGAAGGGACGAGGAUCGGAGGACAGGAAGGCGCGGCGAGGUGGGAAUGCUGUGGGAGUAACGCCGGAGUGUUGCCUGGAAACAGCAGCAUGCCAGUACAACAGAUAACUGUGGUGCCAGCCAGGGAGACAGCCAGUAACGGCAAGAGUGCUCCGCGCUCCAAAGACAAAAAUGAGGGGAGGAAGGCCCCUGGGCGCUCAGGGAGUCGAUCCAGCAACAUCUCCAAGGCCAGCAACUCUACAACAGGACUGACUACAGCCUCAAGGACAUCGAUCACCCCGUCUUCUCAGGACAUAUGCAGCUCUGGCCAGCUGACCCGUUUAGAGGAGGAUGCCUCUGAAUCACACAAACACAGCAAGCACGCACAUACCUCUGCAAUGACAGUCACCAGCACAACUCUGGGCUCGUCAUCUCAGGCCCAUAAGAAGCAGGUGAAGCGUCGUCACCGCCGCAAAAGGAGCAGCUGCACCGCCUUCGACUGCGUGGAAACCAACGGCAAACAGGAGCAGACAGACCGCAGCGACCGCAGCCCGAGCUCUGACCGCAGCGAGAGGGGGGAAAAGAGGGAGCGGUCUUUCAAGAGCCGACGGGAGCUCCCACCUCGCCUCCGCUGCUCAGCUGCCCCACAGUCUGAUUCCUCCUCAGAGGACGAGGUGAGCCGUGAAGCCCGCAGCUGGAGCAAAGAGAAAGCCCGAAGAGCACGCCGCCGCAGCGGGAGCAGCCGUGAGAGGGAAGGGGCGAACAGCGGUAAAGGAGGCGAAGACAAAGCAGAUAUGGAGCUGCAGUCGGUGGGUUCUGAUGAUGGGAGGGAGAACCAGCCUCUGGUGGAGGACACCGGAGGCCUUAAGAAGCGGCACGGCAGCCGGGGCUCAAUGAAGAGAGACGGACAUGGUUCACAGAGGGAAUGCUCACAAACCAGAGAUAAGGAGAAGAGCAACAAGGCACGCAGCCCAGGAGGCAGCUCUUCACUGGCAGAGGACACUGAGGAGCUCAUUACCAAGAGAUACCAAGAAAAGGGGUCAGGGGGUGGAGACAUGUCAGUUCCCACACCGCAGAAACACUGUGGUGUGAAUGGAGGCACACCCCGGCACUGCUCUGACGACUCUGAGCUUGAGGUCUGCAGGAUUUGCCACUGUGAGGGGGAUGACGAGUGCCCAUUGAUAAUGCCUUGUCGCUGCACAGGGAGCCUGAGUUUCGUCCACCAGGCUUGUCUCAACCAGUGGAUCAAAUCCUCAGAUACUCGCUGCUGUGAACUCUGCAAGUUUGACUUCAUUAUGGAGACGAAGCUCAAACCUUUACGGAAGUGGGAGAGACUACACAUGUCGAAGAGUGAGAGGAGAAAGAUCUUCUGUUCAGUGUUGUUUCACCUGAUAGCAAUAGUGUGUAUGUUGUGGUCAGUCUACGUUCUGGUCAAGAGAACCGCUGAAGAAAUCAGACUUGGGAAGAACGGUGUGCUGGAGUGGCCCUUCUGGACCAAACUGAUCGUGGUGGCCAUAGGCUUCACAGGCGGCCUCAUCUUCAUGUACAUUCAGUGUAAAGUGUACCUGCAGCUGUGGCGCCGCCUCAAGGCGUUUAACCGCAUCAUCACUGUGCAGAACUGCCCCGAGAAAGACCUGCACAACUCUCAGGCCCGGCCCAGCACCCUCACCAAUGGCAGGCAUGAAACUGUGGAGGUCCCAGUCGGCCCGGCCCCUGUCCUGGCUCCAGAGGCACAGAUGGACUCAGACAUGUCAGUAGAGGCUGCAGUGGCACCGGCACAAAACCCUGUCUGACUGAUUCUCCAUCCAAUCAGUAAAGUUCUGAGUCACACCUU